AUGUAUUUACUAUGUACAUAUGUAGUUUAUAGAGCAUGCCAUGACUCAUUGAUAUGGAAAGUAUCUGAGUUUCGAUCUCACUUGCUCCAAAGAUAUUUGGGUGGUGAACGAAAUUUUUGGCUUUUGGGUGACGCAGGAUACGGAUUGGCACCAUGGCUACUGACUCCACACAGAACAUGCGAGGAAGGAACGCCGGAGAGCAAGUUCAAUAAAGCUCAUAAAGCCGGUCGCAAAAUUAUAGAGCAAGUUAAUGGGGUUCUAAAAGGUAGAUGGAGGUGCAUUCUAGGUGCCAGAGAACUUCAUUACGAACCCCAAAAAGCGAUCCAAAUAAUUAAUACUUGCUGCGCUUUGCAUAACAUGUGUAUACACUUCAAAAGCAAUCUUCCAAUCGAAUACCAUGCUGACUCAACGAUUCUGAACGAUGUUAUCGGUGAUUCUUUGAAUACGGAAAAUGACUUACCAUCAGCAGAUGAUGCAGAAUACUUGCAGGUUGCGAAGGCAAUAAGAAGAGGCAUUGGAAAUAGUCUUUAA